UUGUGGAUAUCAAAAACGACUAUUGACAAUACAGCACUAAACAGCCCAGAUCUCAGUAAUAUAAAAGAAUUGUAUUUGACUAGUGUUGGACUGACAGAGAUGCCAUACCUAUCUAAUCUUGCAAGUCUUAAAUGUCUCUGUUUGAGUGGUAACCAAAUUAAACACGUCAGUCUUCAAAGCUACUUUGAUGCUGAGACAGGCGGCAGUACUAUGCCAAACUUGAGGUGUCUAAGCUUGUCUAGAACUCCUAUAUCAAAGAUCGAUGCAAGAAUUAAAGAGGUUUUCCCAAAUUUACGAACUCUAAUAGUUCAGGAUUUGAAAAUGAUAGAUGCAAGUCUUCCAUUUAGCAAUAUGAAAGAUCAACUGGAUGAAGCAGAUAUCCAGCUUAUUGAACCAGGUGAGAAGAAAGAGAAUGAGCGAAUGCCAAGAACUGAUUAA